CGGCGUGGUGCGCGCCUUGCUGGCUCCGAUAGGGCGGCGGAGCUCUGCUAAGCUUGCCAAGCAGACGCCACAGCACCAGAUAGAAAAGGCCUAAACUGAGGGAAAAAAAGGAAAAAGAGCCUUACAGGGCACGGAGCCGCUGGGCUUGUAGGGACUUUACCGUCAUAACUGCAAGCGUGAGGGAAACAAACGGACGUGCGAGCCUUGCAUCCCCACAUCUCCACAGCGCCCGUGGUGUCACGGGCCCAGCAGUGUUUGCAGUGUGGGUUGUGUCGCUACAUAUUCGUUGGUCAUUUUGUGUUGUUACGGCUUGUGAUAUUUUUUUGGUUUUUUUGCUCCCCUGGACACUUUCCUUUAAAACCUCCCUUCCAAUUCUGUAACCCUUGCUAACCUGAGGUAAAAAACCGCCUCAGCAAGGCGUGCUAACCCACAAUUCGGUCUGGAUGUUACGUACAUCUCCACGUUACUGUGCUUUUCCUCAGCCCAAGCAUUUAAACCUUCCUGAGGUGACUGUGAGGGGUAUUAUGAUAAACAGUGACAACGAUCACGAUAGCAGGCGGGCUUGUUAGCGCAUCUGAGAGCGCGGUUCCUCGGGGUAACUGCUGCCUUGGAUACUGAGGGGAAACGAGCUGAGGCGGCCUGUCUGAGGGAAGCGGCAGAACCGCACCUCACGGCCGAGGGAGAGAAACAACGCCGCGGAGAAGCGCUGUCCGUUCACGCGGUGUUGUAUUACACGCGCCGGCCUCCCAGCAUGCAGACCCGUUUGCUCGGCUUGCACCGCGCUGGGUCCGGUUCUUAAUGUUUCUCCUUUGCCAGCUGAGCUCUGUCAAGAACGAGCGCGCCCUUCCCGCGCCGCAGCCGCCCCAGCACGGCACCGCGGGGCGAGCGGCCUCGCACGGCUCAGCUCGGCCCGGCCCGGCCCGGUGGCUGCGCGCCGGGAGCAGAGGAGGCCGGGCCGGCAGCUCCGGCGCCCGGAAGGACGGUGUCUGCCUGCCUCGUGACCGCCGCAGCCGCCGCCCGCCUCCGCCCGAGGCUACGGGGAGCGGUCGCCAUGGCGGCAGACGCCCCCAGCACCCUCCCGGUGCAGCUGGUGGAGCAGCCCAGAUUGCUGAAGCUGAAGGAGAGUUUUAUAGCAAAAUUUGGAUCAGCUCCCAAGUUUUAUGUUCGUGCACCAGGGCGAGUCAACUUAAUAGGAGAACAUAUAGACUACUGUGGUUAUGCUGUGCUCCCUAUGGCUAUAGAACAAGAUAUCUUGAUCGCAGUAGAACCUGUAAAGACUGAAGUUGUGCAACUGGCCAAUACAAAUUCUUUGUACUUGGAUUUCAGUAGUAGUGUUAAUAACAUUCAGAUUAAUAAAACCAAACCUCAAUGGCAUAACUACUUCUUGUGUGGACUGAAGGGUAUUCAGGAACAUUUUGGUCUUAAUAACCCAACUGGAAUGAAUUGUCUGCUAGAUGGAACCAUCCCUCCAAGUUCUGGUCUUUCUAGCUCCAGUGCUUUGGUGUGCUGUGCAGGACUCGUGACCCUAAAAGCUAAUGGAAAAACCCUCUCUAAGGUGGAACUUGCAGAAAUUUGCACAAAGAGUGAACGUUACAUUGGCACAGAAGGUGGAGGAAUGGAUCAGUCCAUUUCUUUUCUUGCAGAAGAAGGAACUGCCAAGUUGAUAGAGUUCAGUCCUCUGAGGGCAACUGAUGUUAGACUUCCAAGCGGAGCAGCGUUUGUUAUUGCUAACAGUUGUGUUGAAAUGAAUAAAGCAGCAACUUCUCAUUACAAUAUUAGGGUAAUGGAGUGUCGUCUGGCUACAAAGCUUCUCUCAAAGUCAAAAAGUUUGGACUGGAAAAAAAUGAUGAGACUCCAAGAUGUGCAGGCCAACCUAGGAGUUAGCCUAGAGGAAAUGCUGACCAUUGUCGAGGAGGUAUUACAUCCUGAGCCUUACAGCACAGAGGAAAUUUGUAAAUGCCUGGGAAUUAGCCCGGAGGACCUCUACUCCCAGAUCCUGAGUCAAAACACGCAAAAUGUUUCCACUUUCAAGCUAUACCAGCGUGCAAAGCAUGUGUACAGCGAAGCUGCCAGAGUGCUGGAAUUUAAGAAGAUAUGCAACGAAGCACCUGCCAAUGCAAUCCAGCUGCUGGGAGAAUUAAUGAACCAGAGCUAUAUCAGCUGCAAGGAAAUGUAUGAAUGCAGCUGUCCUGAACUGGAUCGGCUGGUAGACAUCUGCCUGCAAUUUGGGGCUGUCGGGUCACGUCUGACUGGAGCUGGAUGGGGCGGCUGCACUGUGUCAAUGGUGCCUACUGACAAGCUGAAUACUUUCCUAAAAAAUGUUAAAAAAACUUAUUACCAAAAUGAUGGCCAAAGGUUAGCACUGGAGAAUAAUGGUCUCUUUGCUACCAAACCUGGGAGAGGAGCUUUGGUUUUUGUUGAGGCCUAAAGAACAUAAAAAUUGUAAAGAAACUAUGUAGAGCAUUUGUAACUGGCAGGACUUCCCACGCCACAGUAAAUGAAAGCCUUUUCUGGGUUUUAUUAUGAGUAGUUGCUAUUAUCGAAAUAUAUUUCUGAAGAAGGAAUUAAAAGAACACUGAUUACAAAAUCUAUUUUUCCCCAAUAUUAAAAUAUUUUCAGCAUAAAUGCUUAUUUACCAAAAUCUAUUGACGCAUUGAAAUUGAAAAAGUGAUGAUUGUUUAUUACAACAGAUCUUUUCUUUUCCUUUUUCUGUCAUAAAAGUAAGACCAAGUAGAGCACUGAACCAUUCUGCUGAAGGGUAGGAACCCUGCAGUGCGUGCAGGGCUGCUCAGUGCUUACAUCAGCAGCCAGGAGUUGUUUCUGGAAUCCUACAAAAAUGGAAGAUCGACCCGACGAAUUAAGAGAAACAGAAAUGGAUGGGCCUUGCUAAACAUGACAUGUUUUAGACUAGUCUCAGAUACAGUUAUUGCUGUUGCAAUUAAUGAUAAUAGUGGAGGGGAAUCUGCGGGCCAAAUAAAACAUUGGGAACACAUUAUGUUAAGCAGGAAACCUUUACUUCUCACUAUAGUUCUUCUGUAUCUUGGCGCAAGGGUGAUUUAUGAACGUUUCAAUGAGCAUGCUAUCUGUGACCCAUACAACAGGUACCAUAUGCUAAUUGCUCUGUCCUAGCUGUGUUUUUACAAGGUAGAAGAGCAAAUUCAUCCAGCUGUAAUAAGCAAAAGUAAAUAGGCGAGACCAAGAGUUAGUAUCAUUAAUUCUUACAAGCUGCACUUUCCUGCACUUCAUGCAGUGCCUGAAGAAGCUCCUGGCAGGCUCCAGGUUGUAACCGCAAUGCACUGGCAGUGUAACACCCACAGUUCAGUGCCCCUCUCCUCAGCAGGAGAAAUGGUAACGGUCACACAAAGAGGUGAGUGUACAUUAAGAUCUACCUCUGCUUCCAACAAAGAUCAGCUCCCCGCGCCCUGUUUCACAGCACGCUGACUGGCACUUCUCUGCUAUCUACAAUGAAAACGCAGAAGUUUUGCUCAUGUCAUAACCCUUUCAGCCAUAAAAGACAUAACAUGUGCAUAUUUUUAUGAUGCUAAGCACAUGUGAAUGUCCAGAAGUCUGCAUCAAAUUAGAGAUCUCUCAGAAGAGAUCAUCUGUACAUUACCCAUACUAAGCCAGGCCAAAAAUGAAUUCUUAGAGGCUACUAAUUCUGUGAGAGGACUCUGCCAAAUUUGAACACAGCGGAUGAACAAGAGCCAAUGCAGACCGCCAGAUCUUUUCAGGAACCUCAGAGGGGACCCGUAAUGGUAACAGUAUCACUAAAGAAGAUUUUUGUAUUCUGACAACCAGGAGGACUGGAACAGAGAAUGCUGUAGAUCAGGCAAAUCAAGCACUCGAGAGGAAAGGACAAUGCCUGGGCACAAUGAAGAGAAAUGAAGAGAUGGGACUUGGGGGGAAGACAGUUAAAAGGAUACAGUUGAGAAAAGGAAAACAAGGGAUAAGGGAGACAGUAAAGAACAGGAGCUAGAAUUACAGAAAGGUUUGCUCUCUAAACAUUCACUAACACUAUCAAUGGAAAUGUAAUCUCUUGUAGUUCGUUUGUAAUGUACAGCAGAUGUGCUGUGCUUGCCCACAAAGCUGUAAACAUAAGACUCCAAAAAUCAAGUAACAAUUGGUAAACAUCUUCAAGAAGUUACAAGUUAACCUAGAGAUGUUAAGGAAAAAUGAUGCCAUGGCUUUACUACCACCUGUCUUAAUAAAUACCAUCCUUAAUUUGAGUGAAUUCCUCCUUAUCCUCUCAUAGAAACAGCGCACAACAGAACACAUACCAAUUCAUUCAGUAAUAUAUUUGAAUUGAACUUCAGUUCAGCUGUAGUAAUGGAAGCUCUAACCACUGGAUGAGAAGAAUAAAGAUAUUUUAGAUUCUUUUUAAUGUCUUGAGAAUGUCACACACUGUCAUGGAAUCUUCCCAAAAACAUGUGGGCAAUUUUAUGGGCUGCAGUGCAUUUCUGUGAAUCGUAUAAAUGAUAUUCUCAUAAACAAAGAAGAGGAAAGCAGAAAACUGGCACAAUGUAAAAGAGUAAAAAAUGAACCUUCUAAACUUCUGAUUCAUUUCUUUCCUUUCUCUUUUAAUUGCUUCAAUGUUUUUACCAUAAUUUUUCUGUAAUCUGCAAUUAAUAAAAACAAAUUUUAAACAAAAAAAUUGAAUGAA